AAAUAGGAAAAUGUGGAGGUCGGGGCGUUACAGCUCGGAGUUGCCAGAUUUGCGUAUCAGUGGUGGUGUGAGCACCUCGACGAUAGACGGAUGACAACGACACGACAUGCCAGUUGCUACAGCACGUCGACCCUUCGGGGUUCGAUGAUUAAUAGUGCGGUCUUGGAGAUUGAGUGCUGGGCUCUCUUCGGUUCGAGCCGUUCCUGAUCCGAUUGGGAGGAGUUCGGUGUUGGGAGCGCGGGGGAGAACAUGAGCUUCAGAGAGGAGAAUGAAGAGGGGAGGGAUCUUAGGAAGCCGUUCUUGCACACGGGAAGUUGGUAUCGGAUGAGCUCGAGGCAAUCCAGCAUGAUGGGCUCUUCUCAGGCAAUUCGCGAGAGCUCCAUAUCGGUUGUGGCCUGCGUCUUGAUUGUUGCUCUGGGUCCUAUUCAGUUCGGCUUCACUUCGGGUUACUCAUCGCCGACGCAAUCUGCAAUCGUGGAGGAUCUUAGUCUUACUGUCUCCGAGUUCUCCUGGUUUGGUUCGUUAUCAAAUGUAGGGGCUAUGGUUGGGGCAAUCGCCAGCGGUCAGAUUGCGGAGUACAUUGGACGAAAAGGGUCUCUGAUGAUUGCUUCCAUCCCGAAUAUCAUUGGAUGGCUUGCCAUUUCCUUUGCUAAAGAUUCUUCUUUUCUGUACAUGGGAAGAUUACUAGAAGGCUUCGGUGUGGGCAUAAUUUCUUAUACGGUGCCUGUAUAUAUAGCUGAAAUCUCACCUCAGAACAUGAGAGGUAGCUUGGGCUCGGUGAAUCAGCUCUCAGUUACUAUCGGGAUACUGCUGGCUUAUCUGCUGGGACUUUUUGUCGAGUGGAGGAUACUUGCGGUUUUAGGAAUAUUGCCAUGUACAAUAUUGAUACCCGGUCUGUUCUUCAUACCUGAAUCCCCCCGCUGGCUGGCGAAAAUGGGCAUGACAGAAGAAUUUGAAGCUUCUUUGCAAGUUCUCCGAGGCUUUGAUACUGAUAUUUCAUUUGAAAUGAAUGAGAUCAAGAGAGCUGUUGCCUCAAGCAGCAGAAGAACUACCAUUCGAUUUUCAGAGCUCAAACAAAGAAGAUACUGGUUCCCUUUGAUGGUAAACACUUUCUGGAAGUUUUUCUUUCCCUUCAUGUGUUUUGCCCUAUUAAAUCAAAGGGUUAUUGUCUUCCACAAAUGUGAUCUGCAGGUUGGGAUUGGUUUGCUUAUCCUGCAACAGCUUAGCGGGAUAAAUGGGGUUUUAUUCUAUUCUACUACCAUUUUUGAAGAUGCUGGGGUUACAUCAGGCAACGCAGCAACAGUUGGAGUCGGUGUAGUUCAGGUUAUUGCAACUGGAGUUACCACUUGGUUGGUGGAUAGAGCAGGCCGCCGGCUUCUUCUUAUUAUUUCCUCAGCUGGGAUGACUGUUAGCCUUCUUUUAGUUGCAGUGUCCUUCUAUGUGACGGGCUCCGUAUCAGAGAGUUCUAGUCUUUAUAAUAUUUUUAGCAUCUUGUCCGUGGUUGGGGUUGUGGCUAUGGUAGUUACAUUCUCGCUAGGAAUUGGAGCCAUACCAUGGAUUAUAAUGUCAGAGAUUCUUCCGGUCAAUAUUAAAGGCUUAGCUGGAAGUAUUGCCACACUUGCCAAUUGGUUAUUCUCUUGGGUGAUCACCAUGACAGCAAAUUUGCUUUUGACUUGGAGCACCGGAGGUACCUUCACUAUCUAUAUGGUUAUUAGCGCUUUUACUGUGGCGUUCGUUUCCAUUUGUGUGCCCGAGACUAAGGGAAGAACGUUAGAAGAAAUUCAAAGGUCCUUCAGAUGAUAGUCUCUCCUUUCCUCUCGGGUUGCUGUCUUCCCUUUCCCUCUCUCUUUGAAGAGACAAUCUCUGCAUUCCCCGGCAUCGAGAUUUGGCACAAGCUCUGAGGGAAAGCAAGAUGUACAAUCACUUAGCAUAUAAUUGCAGCCAUUUUCUUCGGCCAGCAACCAUUUUGCGACUGUAUUGCUUUCAUGGCUUCAUUAAGUCACUCUUCAGAGCGUUUUUCUUUACAAGAACUUGUUAAGUUUCUUGGCAUUGUAAUUUAUCUGUCACUUGAGGGAAGACUGGAUUGUAGUGAAUCUGAAGAAAGGAAGUUUUGAUGGAGUUGUUUUGCUGCUUUUGGACAUUGAAUAGAAUCCCAAUACUUUUA